AUGGCGGACUUGCCGCUUCUUGGCAAUCAAUCUGAUCUAUCUGCUUUGAAUCAGAAAACGUUGCUGCAAAAGUCAGCGGAUGCGUCUCUUUUCCCAUUAUACUAUGUCGUGGAAUUUCAUGACAUAGAAGAGACGGCAACAAGCGAAACAAGUAUCUUCACAAGAACCACUUCAAUACUCUCUCAUUCCACCAUGUUUGGCGCAACAACACAACCAGCAACAAGUGGUUUUAAUUUUGGAGCAACUACACAACCUGCGGCCGGUGGCUUUAAUUUUGGAGGUGGGACACCGGCUACUCCUUCUAGCGGUUUUAACUUUGGCUCGACUUCGGCUGCUCCAGCAGCUCCAGCUGCUGGAGGCUUUAACUUUGGAGGAACACCAACGCCAGCCGCUGGAUCCAGCGGUUUCAACUUUGGUGGUACAUCAGCAGCAAGCACAGCGACAACUACCAGUGGAUUCUCCUUUGGUGGUGCACCAACCGCAACCUCCAGUGGAUUUUCGUUUGGUGGUACAGGAUCAAUUGGUGGUAAUGCUGGAUUUGGCUUUGGUGGAACGACCGCAACACCAGCAGCAUCAAGUGGAUUUAAUUUUGGUGGUACGAGUGCGACUCCUGGAGCUGCUUCGACGCCUUCCAUUUUCAAUCAAACAACCACCCCCGGUACUGGCUUUAGCUUUGGGGCGAAGCCUACAACUCCAGGCACUGGGUUUGGUUUUGGCACAGGGGUGCCUGGUACAGGAAAUAGUACAUUUGGGACCCCAGGUGCUGUUGGUUCCUCCCUCUUUGGUACCUCAGGUUUCGGCACAACGCCUUUAGCUUCGACAGCCCCGGCUCCGAUAAUUCUUGGUGCAGAUGCAUCAGUUGCUCAGCUUAAUACAAUCAAGGCAGCGUAUCAGGACCCGGCACAAUCGCGCUUUAAAUUUCUGAUGUAUAACGCCGUUGAUCCAAUGCAACGGCAUCUGUAUACCAGGCCCCCCUUCAUUAGUGAGCGCUUAUGGAAUCAAGCUGAGCUAGACAAUCCCGAUCCGCUGAACUCUGCACCUGUGCCAAUCUUGGGCUUUGAUGGUCUACUUAAGCGUAUUAAGGCGCAACAAGAACAUGCUGAAAAGUACAAUAAAUACACGGAUGAUUUGCGUGGUCAACUUAUCGAGAUGGACAAACACAUGCGUGCUACAGAGGAGAAAAUGGAAAAGUGUCGCCGCGAGCACAUCCAGCUCUUUCACGCUCUAGUAAAAAUCAUGCGAGACAUUGAGUUGCUGCAGAAUUAUGGCAAACCAUUGCAGCGAGAAGAGAAUAUUCUUGCGACGACAUUGAAGAAGCUUCAGACGCUACUGGACUCUCAAGGGCAGUAUAAGGCACGAUUAAAAGAUGUUGUGUCCAUGCAGCAUGUCCAGACCGAAAGCCUCACUUCUCCAACAAGUCAGCUCAGUUCCCAGGACCUCCAGCGACUUUACGGGCUAAUGGACAAGCAGCGUCAAGGGCUAGAGCACUUGACCAACAUUCUCAAUGACGACCUUGCAGACAUUGAGCUCAUCAAAGAAACAUGGCGGCGAUAG